AUGAGCUUCCAACCAGUCAAUCCCCGACCAUUCUUGCAGGCCAGAGUCGGCACUGAGAUGGUCAUUCGCUUGAAGUGGGGUCAGACCGAAUACAAGGGCGCUUUGGAGAGCAUUGAUUCCUAUAUGAACGUACUGCUGCGCGACACGGAGGAAUACAUUGAUGGCAAGCACACCGGUAGCCUCGGUCUUGUCCUGAUCCGGUACGUGAAACAAGCGUCUGAAGAGGCUCCAAGUGAUGUGGCGGAGAACGCCCUGUGUAACAACAUUCUCUGGAUGGGGUCGGCAGACGGCGUCGAGAUGACGGAUAUGGGGUUAAAAUAG